GGUGGAAGAUUGGGAGGGAUGGCUCUACUUCGAGCUGGUCUUCGCAACUGCGCUGCUGCUGGAAAUCCUGCUGCGCAUAAGCUAUGUGGGCUGCAGGGCUUUCUGGUGCGGACCGGACAUGUUCUGGAACUGGUUCGACAUGGGCCUUCUUCUAACCGGCAUCAUCGAUCUUGGCCUGCAGAUUGCCAGAGACCAGAACACAGACAUCUUCGCAGCCUCCCUGUUGAGACUCUGUCGCUUGGUCAGACUCGUCCGUAUAGUGAAGAUCUUCCGAUUGAAGUUCAUGAGCGAGCUGCGGCUCAUGGUGAAGGGCCUGGUCGCAGGGAUCAGGACACUUUUACUGGCCUUCAGUUUGCUGUUCGCCGUCAUCUAUGUCAUCUCGGGCUUUACAUUCAUGAUGAUUGGCAACAACGCUGUGACUGCAGAGUUCCACCUCGGGCCUUUCUUCGAGACGUUGCCGCUGACAAUGUUUACAGCCUUCCGCUGCUUCAUCGGCGAGUGCAUCGACGACCUCGGCCAGCCGAUUCCGUCGUUGUUGGCCCGGGCGUAUGGGCUGCCCUUCGUCCUGGGCUAUGUCAGCAGCUACAUGCUCGUGGCCCUUGGAAUCUUCAACGUGAUCCUCGCAGUUUAUGUGGACAUCACCAUGAAAGCGGCAAAGGAAAGCGAGGCCGUCACCGCGGAACAGCACUUCCACGAGUCGAUACGGGUCGCGCGGACCACACGGGAGUUGUUGAAGAAAUUUGCGGCAGCCUACCGCCUCUUCCACGAAAUGGAGGAUGAGCAUGCGUCGCACCUCGACAUCACAUCUUCUGCCGUUCUUUUCACGGAUGAAGAGAUUCAGGACAACAUUACAAUUACGAAGGAGCUCUUUCUCCUUGUGAUCCAAGAUCAGGAAGUGCAGCGGCUGAUGGACGACUUGGACAUGCCGGUGGACAGGGCGAACAUGUUCGAGAUCAUUGACGCCGAUGGUAGUGGAAAUCUGCAAAUAACAGAGCUGGUCCAAGGGCUGCUGAAAAUCCGUGGCGAGGUGAACAAGGGGGACACCGUUGCUUCCCUCCUGGCCACGAAAGCAGUCCAGCGUAUGAUCAUGGAGUUGCGACAGUCCUUUGUCGAGCAGCUCGAGUCUGUGAAGGGCGAAGUGCUCGACCUGAGUGGAAUGAUCGCCCAGCUCAGCAACACUCUGAAGGGCAGUCGAUUGCUACAGCCAUCGAGCCUUCCCGUGGGGCGUUUGCCACCGGAGCGCACGGCAGUGGCGAAGAAGCCGCAGACCCUACCAGGCUGCUCCGAGAAAUGUCAUAGUAACGGUAAGGGUUCUAUGAGAGUUUGGCCCAGUUUGGCGUUUGGCUUUGGGAUUUGGGGUUCACUCGGGUUUGCAGGUUCCCUCAAAUUCCGUGAGGCUGAGGGUUGCGGAUUCAGUGUCAAAAGCCUUUGUUACAGCCUUUGUUGCUGCUGGCUGCUGGCAUGA